AUGAAGCCUUCAACUGCUUCUGCUUCUAAACCCUCUUUCUUAUGUGCUUCUGCUUCUGAUUUUGAACUUUCAUACUCAAGUGCGUUUGCUUCAGCUGAUAAUCUCUCUGAUAUUUUUUCAAACCUUCAGGUGGACAAUACUUCAGGUUUUUCUUUUUCUUCUUCUUCUUUAGCUGCACGUCCAUUGUAUUCGGAUAGCAUCUGGGUCGCUGAUAGUUUCAAUAAUGGCGGAUGUGGCUGCUAUUUUAAUCCUGGAGGUUGCUCUUCUUCUUCCUCUUCAAUCAACAACUUCCCAGCUGCGAGUUGUUUUUUUCCCCAAACGCCAUUGAUCCUGACAUCCGGCCAGGAGCGUCGAGCAAAUCCUUUUCGGAAUUCGGGUAAUAAUGUUAUAGAUCGUGGAGUUGAUGAUAUUCUUCUGAUGGCGAAAGAUGAACACGGCUCGAAGUUUCUCUGUCAAGUUUUAUUUUUCCAGAAGGAUUCCUGGAUAGUUUCCAGGGUGUUUGAGAUGGUUCUGAAGUUCACUCUAGAGGUGGUGACCAGCCAACAUGGACGUUUUGUAUUCGGAAAGUUGAUUGAAUCCUGUAACGACGAUCAACUCGGACUGAUUACAUUCAGGAUAGCUUCGGAUGAUCACUUGUUUAUUAAUGCAUCUAGGGAUAUAAACGGUUCUUCCAGUAUUAAGAAACUGAUCCGAGUGCUCGGUAAAAGCAGAACGAAUUUCCUGGAAGAAAUUAUGACCACUUUGGGAAGAAAUUUUGAGCUCUUGAUGGUUGAUAAAACAGGAUCUUCUGUAAUCUUGCUGAGUCUAGACAACAAUUAUUUCAAAAAGAAUGAUAUUGUAUAUCAAGCAGCUUUAGAACAUUGUCUCACUGUGGCGAAUCAUGAAAAAGGAUGUAUCUCAAUGAACAAGUUCAUCGAUGAGAUGAGAAGCCCGCGCAGAAAACAAAUCCUUCUUUUGAUUUCCAUGAAUGCAGCAUGCGUGGCAAAGAAUCCGUUUGGGAACUAUGUUUUGCAGCAUGUUUUAGACCUCGAGGAUCCGGAACUGAUUGAAAAAGUUUUCUCGGCGCUUAGAGGCCGGUUCAUUGAUCUAUCCAUGAGAAAAGGUGGAAGCCAUGUGGUAGAGAGAUGCCUCAAGUAUGAUAACUUUAUGCAUUAUGUAGUUGAAGAGUUUCUGGGGAGCAACCGAAUUGUGGAAGUUGCCAAUCACAGUUUUGGGAACUAUGUGGUACAAACAGCUUUGAGAGAAACAAUGAGGGUGAACAGAAGCCUCCAUGAGAGACUUGUGAUGAAGCUCAAAGAACAUCGCGGCGAUCUCCUCCAAUUUCGACACGGAAAACAUGUUUAUAAUAUGAUUUUGUAG